AGGGGUAGGCCGCUGGUUUCCGCUUCCGGCUCCGGAGAUGCUGCUGUUCUGUCCGACCUGCGGGAACGUCCUGAUCGUGGAGGAGGGACAGAAAUGUUACCGCUUCGCGUGUAACACCUGCCCGUAUGUUCACAACAUCACCCGGAAGGUAACAAACAGAAAAUAUCCCAAGCUGAAAGAAGUUGAUGAUGUGUUAGGUGGAGCUGCUGCUUGGGAAAAUGUUGACUCUACCGCAGAAACCUGUCCCAAAUGUGAACACCCUAGAGCAUAUUUCAUGCAAAUACAAACCAGGUCUGCAGAUGAACCCAUGACUACAUUUUACAAGUGCUGCAAUCCAGACUGUGGACAUCGAUGGAGGGACUAAGUUUUAUACAUGCUGAAUCCUAACAUUUGUGAACUGAAGAUAUUUUGAAUGAUGUAUAUUAUACUCAAAUUAUUGGAUUUGUAACUGUGAUUAACAGCUGUAUUUGAUUUGCUUUUCUCAAGCUUUAAUUCAGUUGCUAUGAAAAUUUGUAAACUAGCAUUGUAGGAGAUUACUACCAAUGAUUUCAGAAUUUAUUAAAAUAAAAUUGAUUGCU